AUGAAUUCUUUCCCAUCUUCACAGUAGACAGAAGGCUGGUGCCUGUGUCGGGCAAGCAUGAAGUUCGUCGCUGUAACUUUCUGUGUCCUCUGCUUUCAGUUUGAAGCCCUGUAUGGAUUUGAUAGCUGCUCACCAAGACCGUGCAAAAAUAUAGAUCAGCCUCAUGUCUCUGACUCCCAAAUGAUGGUGGAAUUUGAAAAUGGAAACUUCAAGUUCACAUUCCCCAACCCCAAAAAUGUGAGUGAAUUCAGCAUGACCCUCUUCAAAGGGCAUGAAAAGAAGGAGAUCUGUGCACUCCAUCUGAGUGAGGGGAAUAUUAUCCCGAAGAGUAAUGUCACCUACUGCCAGACAGUGCGUUCAAAUAGCAGCACCACUUUCAUCCUUAAAAAUCUGGAAAGAAAACAUAUGGACAUGUAUACCUACUGCCUGGAGAUGUUCUUACCCCCUCCUUAUAUAGAUUGCCGGCUGAAGGAAACCUAUUUGUACAUCCAAGAUAAGGAGGACUGCAUUUCAAUGGGACUCAUGCCAUGGAUAAUUACUGGCCUGAUUAUGUUUGCCAUGAUUUCCUGUGUCUGCUGUGUCAUAGCCUGCUACUUUUGGAACAAGAAUCAGCAGUGUGAAUCCAAAUCCCAUGAGUACAACAGUGAAUACAUGCCCAUGGCAGCAGUGAAUGCAGCUAAAACCCCGAGAAUCUGAGGUAUAAGUUGCUUGUGGCAUGGAAAUUCUGACAUCAGAGGUUUCCAGCUACUUGAACCCGGACAAAGGGAAAUCAGCAUUUCCUCACCUUUCCCAGCCUCCCUGAGGUCCCAUGAUGGUCCUGUGC